CAACGUUAAAGAACUUGUUAAAAAUGACUUAAGGUAGAAUGUGAUGUGGUGGGUGUCGGGGGGAGGGGAGUGUGGUGUGGUGUGGUGUGGUGUGUUUGUCACAGCCUAAGUAUGGGCCUGCCAAUCCUGUGCGGCCCUAACUUCAGAGUGCAAGGACAGAGGCCAUAGAAACCCCCCGGAUGAUGGAGAGGAGACGUGCCUAGGAUGACUAGGAGAAGACAACUUCAUGGCCAGCAGAUCGGGGACCACCAUCAUGUUUAACAGCCCUGGCUAGAUAGAUCUGGUUGUCUCCUAAGGCCAGUCUCUGUGAGCCGGAACUAGAAAAACAUUGUUGAAGAUGAGAGCUUGACGAUGCCAUAGGGGGUGGACAGGAAAGCCGAACGCUUAGGUUGACUAAAGGAAGGGGUUGAAAACUCGUUACUUUUAAGUAAGUUUGUAAGCCUCAUGGUGGACACUGGCCUUACCCUGGAAGGCUCUGCUCUCAGGCUUGAAGAAUGCCUAGGAUUCAUUGCUAUCUUCAGUUCAUUUAUCCAAUGGAUGUGUGCUUCAGAGCCGUGGGGGAAAGCAUAUGGGGAACCAUAGACCUUCCCUUUCCUCUCAGCACCCUGGGCUUGUUGGAAAGGAUGAUUCUACCUUUCUAGGAAGCCCACUCCCCUUCCGCUACCCCUCCCCUGCCCCCAAGCAUCUUUCUGGGGUAGAGGCAUACUGUAGCCUUUGAAUUUUUAUUUUUAAGGGACACUGGGGGAAGUUGUCACUCGUUCACUCCUUUCGUCUUCUCUUCUCUUCUCCAGUCCCCUCUGCUGGCCCCGGAGUCUACCCUGCCCCACCUUGCAGAGCAGAGAAGGAAAGAGAGCCCCAUGCCUGAGCCCAGGGGAGCAUCAUGGAUCUGACAAAGAUGGGGAUGAUCCAGCUUCAGAACCCUAGCCACCCCACGGGGCUGCUGUGCAAGGCCAAUCAGAUGCGACUGGCCGGGACUUUGUGUGAUGUGGUCAUCAUGGUGGACAGCCAGGAGUUCCAUGCCCACCGGACGGUGCUAGCCUGCACCAGCAAGAUGUUUGAGAUCCUCUUCCACCGAAACAGCCAGCACUAUACUCUGGACUUCCUCUCACCAAAAACCUUCCAGCAGAUCCUGGAGUACGCCUACACGGCCACGCUGCAAGCCAAGGCAGAGGACCUGGAUGACCUGCUGUACGCAGCGGAGAUUCUGGAGAUCGAGUACCUGGAGGAGCAGUGCCUGAAGAUCCUGGAGACCAUCCAGGCGUCCGACGACAAUGACACAGAGGCCACCAUGGCUGACGGUGGGGGCGAAGAAGAAGAGGACCGUAAGGCUCGAUACCUCAAGAACAUCUUUAUCUCGAAGCAUUCCAGCGAGGAGAGUGGCUACGCCAGUGUGGCUGGACAGAGCCUCCCUGGGCCCAUGGUGGACCAGAGCCCCUCGGUCUCCACCUCUUUUGGUCUCUCAGCCAUGAGUCCUACCAAGGCAGCGGUGGACAGCUUGAUGAGUAUAGGGCAGUCACUCCUGCAAGGAACUCUUCAGCCACCUGCAGGGCCCGAGGAGCCCACACUGGCAGGGGGUGGGCGGCACCCUGGGGUGGCUGAGGUGAAGAUGGAAAUGAUGCAGGUAGAUGAAGCCCCUGGCCAGGACAGCCCUGGGACCGCUGAGUCUAGCAUCUCAGGAGGGAUGGGGGACAAGCUUGAAGAGAGGAGCAAAGAGGGGCCUGGGACCCCGACUCGAGGCAGCGUCAUCACCAGUGCCAGAGAGCUGCAUUAUGGGAGAGAGGAGAGUGGUGAGCAGCUCUCGCCUCCUGUUGAAGCUGGCCAGGGACCCCCUGGGCGGCAGGAGCCCCUGGCACCCCCAGUGGAGAAGCAUUUGGGCAUCUACUCGGUGCUGCCCAACCACAAGGCCGAUGCUGUGUUGAGCAUGCCGUCUUCAGUGACAUCUGGUCUCCAUGUGCAACCUGCCCUGGCAGUCUCCAUGGACUUCAGCACCUAUGGGGGUCUGCUGCCUCAGGGCUUCAUCCAGAGGGAGCUGUUCAGCAAGCUGGGUGAGCUGGCUGUGGGCAUGAAGGCUGAGAGCCGUCCUCUGGGGGAGCAGUGCAGCGUGUGUGGGGUCGAGCUUCCAGACAACGAGGCCGUGGAACAGCACAGGAAACUGCACAGUGGGAUGAAGACAUACGGGUGUGAACUCUGUGGAAAACGGUUCCUGGACAGUUUGCGACUGAGAAUGCAUUUACUGGCUCAUUCAGCGGGUGCCAAAGCCUUUGUGUGUGAUCAGUGUGGUGCCCAGUUCUCGAAGGAGGAUGCCCUGGAGACACACAGACAGACCCAUACUGGCACGGACAUGGCUGUCUUCUGUCUGCUGUGUGGGAAGCGUUUUCAGGCACAAAGCGCACUCCAGCAGCACAUGGAGGUCCACGCAGGCGUGCGCAGCUAUAUCUGCAGUGAGUGCAACCGCACCUUCCCCAGCCACACGGCUCUCAAGCGCCACCUUCGCUCACAUACAGGUGACCACCCAUAUGAGUGUGAGUUUUGCGGCAGCUGCUUCCGGGAUGAGAGCACACUCAAGAGCCACAAGCGCAUCCACACAGGGGAGAAGCCCUAUGAGUGUAACGGCUGUGGCAAGAAAUUCAGCCUCAAGCACCAGUUGGAGACGCACUACAGGGUUCACACAGGUGAGAAGCCCUUUGAGUGCAAACUCUGCCACCAGCGCUCCCGGGACUACUCGGCCAUGAUCAAGCACCUGAGAACACACAACGGUGCCUCGCCAUACCAGUGUACCAUCUGCACGGAAUACUGCCCCAGCCUCUCCUCCAUGCAGAAACACAUGAAGAGCCACAAGCCGGAGGAGAUCCCACCUGACUGGAGGAUAGAGAAGACGUACCUCUACCUGUGUUAUGUGUGAAUGGGGGGGGGGCAUCCCCCCCCAACACAUGGUAGAGCAGCGGCAGGAGCCAGCAAAGGCAAGCUAGAACCAGACAAAGUGGAAAGACUA